CUUUUACGGCUUUUACUUUGAAAAUCGUUGCUGAGGCGCUCCAAAAUGGCUGAAUUGGACGUUGGAAAACAUUGUCAAAUUGAGUGUUGCAAGCAAAAAGACUUUCUGCCGUUUGUAUGUGACAGCUGCUCCGGAGUGUUUUGUCUCGAACACAGAAGCAGAGAUUCACACUCCUGUCCAGAGGUCUUGGUAAAGAAGGAUGUCUUGGAGUCAGGGGCCUGUACAUUGUAUCCAUGCACAUUUCAGGACUGCAAAGGCAGGGAGCUUUUACCUGUAAUCUGCCAACAUUGUGAAAAACAUUUCUGUCUUGUUCAUCGGCAUCAAGAAGACCAUAAGUGUGAGAAGUUGGAGACACCCAAACCUCGAAUGGUGGCAACACAGGAACUUGUGCAAAAAAUAGUAGAAUCAAAGAAGAAUGCACCGACCAGUAAAGGCAGAAAAGGGGCGAAGAAUAGUGCUACAGCUGCUAAAGUUGCCCUUAUGAAGCUAAAGCUACAUGCUACUGGAGAUAAAGGAUUGCCACAGACAGAGCGGACAUAUUUCCAGGUGUUUCUGCCAAAAGAUCUGAACACAUCCAGCUUGCCCAUGUUCUUUAGCUCUAAGUGGAGUGUGGGAAAAGUGGUCGAUUUUGCAGCUGCUCAGGCCAGCCUAAAGAACAACAACAAUGUGCUCACAGCCAAGAAACUGCGUUUGUGCCAUCCUGAAACCGGGGAGGCCAUUAAAAUGGAUGCAUGCCUCCAGUCGCUGCUCUCACUCUCAGAUUCUCCUCUCUAUAAUGGAGGCAACAUUAUCUUGGAAUAUCUGGAUAAUGAGAGUUCUGGAGUUGAAGAUGUCACAGCCUACAUUUCUUCCUCUUGAUCUAAAAAUGAUAACCUAGAAUUAAUGCUGUUCCUGUACUGAUAGAAGACAGUCCUCAACAACCGAUUAAGCCCAAGUUGCCAGAUCCACUGAGACAGGUGACCUGGAUGACCAGGAUGAAGCAAUAUUCAUAAUUUCAGUUUAUUUUGGUCCCUGCCAAAGUUAUUUGGAAGUUAUAGUGCCCAUGUUGAUGAAUGUGCCCCAAACUUGGUGUCCCUCCUCAGAAUCAUGUACUCUAUGGUUGAAGUUUCAUGAUAAGCCAUCUAAACAUCCAUACAAAUUUAGUCAAUACAUAAAAGCAUGUUUCUAAUAGUGCCUAGUUGUGAUCAAACAACAUCAAAAUUCAAGGGCAAAGAUAUAGAGUACUGUGCAGAAGUCUUAGGUACAUGCAAAGAAAUGCUGUAAAGCAGAGAUGCAUUAAAAAAAAAUUAAAAUUAAAUGUUUCCAUCUAAAAAAAAUACUAUAAAGAGCA